AUGGAAGAAGAGGCGACAAAGAUUAUGGCCGAUUACGCCUCGGGCCGGUACGGCGCCGUGGAGGAAGCGUUCAAGCGCAUGGACAAGGACAUGUUCAGAUACGCCGUGCGGCGCGCCCGAGAGCUUGGGAAUUCGGCCUUCACGAACGGAAAAUAUAAUGAGGCCAUCAAGUACUAUAAUGAAGCCCUCGCUGGCGAAGAAGCCUCCGAGAAGCACACCCUUUUAUCGAACCGCUCCGCCUGUCACUUCCUCCUCGGCGACAACGAAAAGGCGCUUGACGACGCACGCACAUCCAUACAACUCAAGCGAGACUGGCCAAAAGGAUGGUUUCGAGCAGGCAGAGUCCUGUUCGCGACAGGAAAGUACAGCGGAGCAGUGUCGGCAUUCACUAUGGCAAAGAGGCAUGAAACGGAUACCGUCAAGCUCAAGGAGCUGGAUCUGUGGAUAGACAAAGCAGAGAAGCUGGCACAUAAAGCAAAACUUGUGGCGCGUGUCACUACUGAAUACAGCCGCUUUGAGGGCAUAGAAGACCCUGACGACCAGCUGGUUCGAGCCAUCUCAGACGAGUCAGAGAACGGAGGAUGCCCUAUCGAGUUCAGUGACCAGCUGUCGGAGAAACAGCGGCGUCAGCUUGAGAUGCUCCUUACAGGCAAAAGUGAAAAUCGAGCAGCCUCAGAGAGACCGUCGCGAUCUCUAUCGUUCCCCCCGUCUCUUAUCUUUUCCGAGUCACCGAACUUCCUGGAGGUUCUCCGUGCAUCGGAAGAUACCAAGCGCGCUCCGGGAAAAGCAAAACUGGAAGCACGUCCAGGAGGACCGUUAGACGAAGAAACCAAGAAACGGAGGCUUGCCGUCGAGGCGCCUGUGGCGUUAUGUAGGUACCUUCAGCUUACUACUGAGCUUCGCGAGCCGAGGAAGCUUGCUGACGUGCUGAACACUGAUCAGCUUUCAACUUUCACGGAGGGGCUCUCCGCGCGUAUUGACGGGCUGCUCUCUCGCCCGGGGUCUUGCAGCAAAUGCUGGCUUUUCAUGGGCACGGGCACGUCCGAGGCUGCCAGACAGAUGCUGCAGAGGAACGGAGUAGCCGGCUUGGUUAACGUUGUUCGGCAGCGUGUUGAAAGACUGGAGUGCGCAACAGAGGCAUCGGAUCCGCUGGACUGCGUGACAAAGGACAUGAGUCAGAGAGCCGACCUCCUAGUGAUUGAUACUAGUAUGCUGGAGGAAGGGCUACUCGGCCGGCGGGUGGUUCCUCAAAUUCGAUUCGCUCGCAAAAACCUUUGCAUCCCGAAUGCCGCAGUUUACCCAAGCAGCGCAGCGGUCGUGGUUCAGGCCUUCUCCCUAGCCUUACCCUCGACAUCGGCCGGCUAUCGUUGGAGCGCCGUAGAAGAAGCCGCGCGGUGGAAUCCGUACGCAGAGCCAAUGGCCAUUCGAGUCGCCGAGCCUCAUUGCCGAGAUGAUUCGACGGGAAGACUCGUUCCGUGCGCUAACGGGGACGUCGCCGUGCCCCUGUCAGAUCCGCAGCCCGUCUUUCACUUCUGCUUUGAUGGUCCUCUUGAGACAAUAGACGAGGACUUGCCCCUCAGCAAGACAAAGAACAUCUCCAUGGACUGCACCGGAGGAGGUGUCUUGAACGCCUUCGUAGUGUGGUACCAGCUCAAAGCACGCCGGAGUGAAACUGAGGCUGUCAGCGACGAUGAUGGAGGGCAAUACAUUGUCUUGGACGGCACCCCCGCCUCUGUUGAUGCACCAGCCUCUCAACUGGCCCGGAACGAGAAUUUGCCUGGAGCCGUUUCUGCAAACGGAACUUCGUGGCGUCAUGCAGUCUUCUGGCUGGAUCCUGUCUCCGUGGAAAAGGGUCAAGUGCUUAACGUUGAAGCGUCCCACACCUCAUCACGCCUACGGUUCAAGUUGAUAGUUCCGUGCGAAUCGCCAAGCCGCCCUCGGCAGGUGGCCGUUGCUCGUUAUCACCUUGAUCUCCUCCGUGACCCGUGCCUCCUCGAACAUCUGGAAACAGGUCUUGCUCGUGUCGCUAAGGCGCAGCUGGAGAGAAUUCGAAUGCGCAUGAAACGAUAUGAGCAGCUGGCAGGGUCAUCGAAAGCCGAAGACCUGCCUCCUAUGCCACGUCUCUCCAUUCUGUGCACGGGGGCUGCUCCAGCUCCUCUACCGUUCCUCGCCGGGCACGCGGCAGCUAAAGAAAUUGUGAAGGUGGAAGGAUGUUCGGCGAGCACGUGGAAACAGCACCAGAAUAAGCUUCAGCGAUACCAUAUCACCGUGGUCGACCCGUGGGCAGGGAACCUGCGAACGUGUAAGAAGGUCGCGUACGAAAACUGUCAGCUUCUGCUGGAACAAUGUCUCGCGCCAUCCCUGCGGAUAGUCCAAGAAACAAAGUGGAAGCCUGUCUCAGAACUUAAUGGCGAGAACGAGCGCCCGGAAAGCUGUCCGUCUUUGGCGCAGACACAAUGUGCACGCUCGAGAUGUAGCUCUCCCGAGAGACACUGCUGCGCAAGCGGGGCAUCGCGCUCGCAACUCACAGAAUCACCCGUUUCGGGGGACGCGCGCCAUGACGCGCUUCUCAAAGCAAGAGUGAAAGAACGGUUCUCCUUCCUGGAGAAAGACGUGCGUCAGCUGAAGCCGCCCCGCGGGGAGGAAGAUGCUGUAGCCUUGCUCGCACUGGGAGAAUUGUACCGCCUUCCACCUGGAUCUGACAUCAAGGCACAGCUCGACCAAGUUGAUGAAGCCGAUCCCCAAGCUGCGGAAGAGUGCAGGCUCGCCUCGCCUGCGUGUAUGUGCGUCUUGGGACUAUUUGACUACGGCUGUCUGGGCGAAGGUGUGCUUCCUCUAUCCAAGUUUAUUGCAAAGGUGCUGAUGGACAAACGCCAUGGGGUUUUCGUACCCCGACGUGCUCGAGUUUUCGCUGUCCUUGUUGAGCUUGGGAAAGCAUCGAUCAGAGGCGUCAAUGUGGAAACAUGGCGGACGUACCGGUAUACGCCGGACUAUGGCGGUGUUGAUCUAGACGAGGAGACGUUCAUACCUCUCUGUGCCCCUUUCGAAGCGUGGGACUUCGACCUUCGCGAAAACGUGCUGGCUGAUCAAGCGUCGCCGAUGUUUGCGAAGACAACUAAGGAGCUCGAGGUGAAGGUAUCCGAAGCCGGAGAAUUAAACGCUGUAGUGUUCUGGUUCGAGCUGGAGAUUGACGAACAUCUAACCAUCUCCACAGCACCUCACUCGGUCGCACGCGAUUGUGAGCUGCUGACUGACGAGCUGGAUGCGAGCGAGCGAUUGGAGAGCGGAACAAGGUCUAUGGCCAGUGGUUUACAAAAUACACCGCCGCACACUUUUUACCGCACAAAAGCAUGGAGACAAGCAUGCCAAAUGCUGUCACCAGCGAAGGUACUUGCAGGACAGGUUCUCACGGUGGGCACCGCGCACGACAGCACCAAAAUAUUGUUCAGGGUCUCGGCAGAUCACGAGCAAAACGAAAACUCUAGGCCACUGAGCGACCCGGCCUGGGUAAGCUUGGCGGAGCGCCACCAGGAGAUGAGCAGCACCUGGAUGAAAGUUUUGAGUAAUGGCGGCAGCGACGACGAAGGGUCAUGUGUUGCGCAAAUCGCUAAAGCUGCGCUACAAAUUGCCGUGGAUGCGGGCAAACAAGAAGAGUUCCUUAUUGACCCUACCGAGGCAUCUUCGUUUGCACUGACGCUAUUCACAUAG